CUCUUUAAAAACUGCAGUGACGUCAAAUAUUUUUAACGGGAGCCAGCCCGGAGGACGAGUACUGGUAGGUAACGGGAUCCACCAAGGGAGAAGGAUGACAAUAAUAAUGUCCCCGGCUGGUUCCCGCGGCGCCCAAGUCUCCGUAUCAUGAUAAACACUGGGCCUGCCGCCCAUAUGAUGCCCGUGGCGGCCCGGAGUGGGUCCUGGAUUGCGUGGUGCCAGGCUAUCCUUUUUGGUGUGUCGGGGCUGGUGAUACUGGCUGAAAGGACCGCGCUGAUCUAUUGUGUAGGAUUCUACCUAUGGAAUGAAGAAACGCAGUGGGCGGGGAUGACCCUCGCCUUCCUGUUGCCGGGGAUACUGGUCCAGGUGUUGAGUCUCAGGUGGUACCGUGACGACGGGGAAGACCACUAUUGGUUCCUGACCCUCACACAUGUGCUGCAACUGGGCAUCUUCCAAAGGUUGUGGGACUGCAUGAUAUCCGUAUGGGACAUGCAGGGUAGUGCGGGGGAGCUCGGGGCGGCUGUGAUGCAGCAGGCCGAUGUGUCCGCCCUCCGCCUGUUGGAGGCCCUGGUCCUCACCCUCCCUCAGACACUGCUGCAGACCUACGUCUUAGCUGUCACUGACGUGGAACUCCACUCCCCAGUAGCGGUGUGCGCAGGCCUGUGCCUGCUGUCACUGUCCUGGGCGCUGGUGCUGUUCAGCCGGGCAUGCUGCCUGAUCCGCCCGGGCCACCUGGCCAUGCCUCCGGCCGCCCUGUUGUGCCAGCUGCUGUGGAGGGCGGGCAUGCUGGGCGCCCGCGUGGCAAGCCUCAUGUCCUUCGCCCGCUACUUCCACUGGUGGACCUGCGGAGUGGCAGGUUUCCACUGGCUCACGGCGUCCUUUUGGCUGGUCGCCCAGCAACCGGAAAUCUGCACCGGACUCUGGCGCUGGCGCCUGUUCAACGUCGCGCUGGGAUUGGUCCACAUCUUCCUCUUCCUCAACGUCAAAGACGGACCCUCGCGCUUUCGCAUGGCCGGCUUCUACGUGGCCAUGCUACUGGAGAACACCACCCUACUAGUGGCAGCGUCCGACUUCCUCAGUGAGAAAUCAUGGGAUAGCAUGACCCUCCCCAUCGCUGUGCUGAGCAGCUUCCUGCUUGGCUCCACCUCUCUAGUCCUGUACUACCGCUUCCUCCACCCCAAGUCCACUGAGAUCGCCACAGGCCAUGGCCUCGGCCACCGCAACCACCACAUGGGCUCCACCUGCCUGGAGGGCCUAGAGCAGGGCGAGUCUUCCUACUCCCUAGGGGGUGGGGGAGGUGACAAGAGCCUUCCACAGGCCGCACCCUCCUCCCUGCACAAUCACGGCAGCUUCUCCCUCUCUGGUGUGGCCGGCUCCCUCCUGGAGCAUCCUGGGAGUUGCGGUCCCAGGCUGGGGAACUCGUGCCUCUGCCGCCACCACCACUGGCUCUUGAUUCGCUUGGCACUAAAAACGAGUGACGUAGGAAAGAUCAACCAGGCCUAUGGCUCCGGUGGCGUGGUGGCCAACUUGGACGAGGACGAUUACUGUUGUAACUCGGAGGCCACGGGUACAGGUGGCGGCAGGACUACCACGGCGUGUGGGGGCAACUACGACGGGGUCUCCGGCGCCUCGGUGUCCGAAUCGCAGGGGACGAAGUGGGGCCUAGCACCCCUCUCGGACUGCAAGGAGGAGUUCCAGAGCGCCAGCGAUGAGCCCAUAUCCGCCGAGACGCCUGGCGAGGAGGAGAGCGAGGACAGCCUGGAGGACAUGCAGAGCCCACUGGAGUCACCGGUGUCUGACUCCUUAAAGCGCAGCUCGCCCGAGGGCAAAUCGGUGUUCGGGGACAGCCCCGAGCCAUACUUCUGCCCCAGCACCACCCUGUCCAGCUCCACACUGUACUUCAGUGCUGACCCCCAGUCCCCCAGCAGCACCAGCAACCCCCGCCUGGACCGGGCCAGCCCCCCCAUGGGCAUGGCAGGCCUCGGCUCCAUCCCCAGCGACCCCGCCCUGCACAGGGACGUCAGGGGACUGCAGAUGGGUCAGAUGGGGCCUCGCUACACCUCCACACCCAAACUGGACUCUGGGGUGCAGGGGGACGCACCGCCCAGCAUCCCUCAUCUGAGUGGUCCCAGGAGGCAGCUGAUACUGUCACGGCGAGACCAGGACGAUGGAUUUUAAGAACAAGGGAGAGAAAAAGGAGAGGGAGGAGAAAAAAAAGAUGGUGGAAAGAGAUUGAAAAGUCAAUGGAGAGGAAGCAUAAUCAAACACAAGCCCAGCUCAAAGCUCAUUUUAAGCACAAGUAUCUUAAGUAAUAUACAUUUCCUAUAAAGCUCUCCGUUACCAUUUCUUGCUGAUUGUUCCGAGUACCAAGUGCUUUCUAUUGAGGAUUUCAUAUUCCGCCGAGUACCGGUACUUACUUUUUACAUCAGUAACUUUAACCCAGUUCAAUCAACACUACCUCCUAAUCAACCAAAUAUAAUACAAUAAACAAAUAAUACCACAUAAAAAACCUAUUUAAAUGCUUCUAAAAAAUAAUUCUAAGAAGUGGUGACAUGAUCUCGGCUAAUGUGAAGAUACUCACUGCAAUAUGUCAGCUUGGUAUCUGAACUUUGUUUUGGCUGGCAUUUACAGAUACCGUAUCGGCCAGAUACUGAGUACCAUCAUUGAUAGUAUCAGUGCACCUCUAAUUUCCUGUUGUGUUUUUGUUAUUGCUUUGAAAAGAUACUCACUCCCCAUACCCCCAAAAUGAACAUAAUCAACACAUUGAACAGGUCAAGGGUUCACUAGGAACCAAACGUAAGCAAACGACCAGAACGGGGAAGGACUAAACUGAACUUGUCCUUUGCAAAAUGUUUAGCUAUCAUUUGCUACGGUGUGCUGUGCACUAAUGACUACACCCCAGGUGAACCUAUACACUCACUUGCUGACACUGCUUAGGACAGACAGGGCUUCAUAGUCAACUCCACAAAACUGUUUGAUGGUGAAAUCAGACAGUUGUCCCACAUUUUAUAUGUCCCAUUUUGCCUUUUGCAAAGUUAUUCAUAUUAACAAACGUAUUUAUUGAGCGAAUUAAUUAAUAUUUUUAAGGUACAUUGUUGCAAAGAUAAAAUUUGUUUUAUUUUAUUCUUUGUCUUAAAGACAUGUUGAACAUGUUAACUUGCUAAAUGCAGUUUUUCCAAUUGAGAAACUCUAAAAUACGCUGUAUUGUACUGUCUCAGGCGCGUGGUUGUGUUUCAAACAGUUUUCACACCUCAAAUGUGAAGGUAAGUGGAAGAAUAAGGGAUAUCCAAGACAUAUUUUGUGACAAUGUUUUGCUGUGCUCAUUUUUUCAUCUCUUAUAAGGGAUCAUUGUAUUGUUGAUUAAAUGCUCUAUAAAUGACCCAGGGUAAGAUACAGUGUCUUCAGAAAGCAUUCACACUCCUUCACUUUUCCCACAUUUUGUUGUGUUACAGACUGAAUUUAAUAUUGAUUACAUUGAGA